ACAAGCAUUUCUGUCCUGGCAUGAAGCAACACAAGGGGGAUGUGUUUAACUUUCAAGAUGAGAUGCUGGCCUAUUGCAGAUCGGACGUGGACAUUCUUCGCCGCUGUUGCCUGGAGUUUCGAGCCCAGUUUUUGGAUGUGGCGAAUGUGGAUCCAUUCCAAUACGUGACCAUUGCGUCAGCCUGUAUGGCAACGUAUCGGAGUGGCCACAUUCAGCCCAACACGAUUGCCAUGGUGCCCACACACGGCUACGUCAACUCAACGAAUUACAGCCCUGAUUCGAUCCGGUGGUUGGACUUUGUUGCUGCUUCGGAAGGCAUUGCCAUUCAACAUGCGUUGAACGGUUCCGGAGAGCACAGAAUCGCCGGAAUCUCGGUAGACGGUUUCUGCCAAGCAAACACAAACCGUCUAUCAGUUUCAGGGCUGUUUCUUCCACGGGUGUAG